AUGGGCAUCUUCAGCGCCUUCCUCCCAGCGUACUCCUCUAGACGUGGGCAAUUUCAACACACCCCGCUGUCCGGGACCGGAGAACCACGCACCAGAAUCAUCGAGGUCUUGCCUGCGAAGACAGAGUCCGCACCUAUCAAGACCAGGCUGAGAGAAGCUCCUGUGGACAACCCCCCGCAGCCAUAUGAUGCAGUAUCAUAUAGGUGGGAUGAUCAGAAGCCAAAGCGAACGAUUCAGUGCAAUGCCAAGCUCCUGGAAGUGACAGCGAAUGCCGAGGGAGCCAUUCGAGGACUACGCGACCGAUCUGGAAGUAUAUAUCUUUGGAUCGAUGCUAUUUGCAUUAUGCAAGAACAGUCUGGCGCCGCGUCCGACAAGAAGCGCCAGAUCGAAGAGGACAAGGAGCGCCAGAUCAAUUGUAUGGCCGAUAUCUACCGGAAUGCUGCAAGAGUUGUGGUCUGGCUACCCGACAUGCCCCUUGAAAAUAAUGUCUCAGUCCUAAGAAGCGCCUCUCAUUCUUACUGGAGCCGUGUCUGGACCUAUCAGGAGUUCACCUUGAAUCCGAGAUGUUUCAUCCACUUGGGAGACGGCAAACACGCCGGGAUUUCCAAGACGGACUUCAUCAAGCAUUUUCGGGACCCGGUCUACGGGGCAAGUAUUGCCCAAAACACCAUUCACCUUGCGCGAGCUACCACGUGGGGAAAUCCAAUAUCGUAUGAGUCCGAAAUUUUUGACUCGCUACCACACCUCAAUUGCACUGACGACCAUGAUCGCGUCUACGCCCUCAAGUCUGUCUACCCGGAGCUUCUUGGACAAGUGACCAUCGAUUAUAAACGCACUCUUGCAGAGACGUACACCGACGCAGCUGUGUGCAUCAUUGCCGCUACUGGGUCGUUAUCAAUUCUGUCUUUCGCCGGACAAAGUGAUGGGACGACAAAAAAUUGCCCCUCUUGGGUGCCCGACUUGACCAGAAAAAGAGCUGCGAUGACAGUCGGCGGACCUCAAAUGAGAUAUUUGUACCUCUCCGGCGCCUUGAAUUCGAGGCCUUUGUUGCAAUUAAACGAGCGGGGGAUAGCGCUACGCGCGACACCGCGAAUGAGCGCAGGCUUCAACACCACGAUCAAGCCGGCGCGCGAUGAAUGUUUGCUGAGGGUUAGAGCAGUAGUCUUGGACACAGUGCGCCAUGUGAGUGAAUUAUUUCAGGAGCAGGCCGCGGAACCGGAUUUCAAGACCAAACCUGUCGAGAGUGCGCAGAAUCGCAGCAUCCGAGACAGCUUCCUCGGGUUGUGCGUAGAGAAUUUUGGGAAUCUCGUUGUGAGAGAGCAGUUCCUGCGGCUUCUGAGCUUUUUUGUGAUCAGUCUGUCAUGCGAUCAGAUAUCGAUAACAGCCGAGCUAGACUCUGGAAUUCCAGAGGGGCAAAGUCCGGGUAAAGAUGAGGGCGUGGCUGCCGGAGGCGGAUUGCAGGCCUGGAUCGAUGCUUGUUGCUCUGAAGAAGAUCUCCCCCACAGUGAACACGAUAAAGCGUUAAUCCGCGCGAUGAAAGCCUGGGUUGAUGCUCGUGUUUCUGCGACUGGCGAAUCCGAAGCAUGGGAACGGACCUUGACCCUGGGACCUGAAAGAGGGGCAGAUCCGCUGGCAAGCGUUGUACAGACUUUUCGCAUGAUCACUGCUCAACAACGCCUCUUAAUGACUAAGGACCGGGUCAUGGGCAUCUGCCAAUAUGUCCAGCCUGAAGACCAGAUCGCGCUUGUCGAAGGCUGCGACAAGCCUUUUGUCUUGCGCAAGGUCACGAACAACCCCGAGGAUCCAGAGUAUCGGCUCGUUGGAGAGACCUUCUUGAAUGUGAGUAUUUCAAGCGGCAGUGAUGGCAGUGACGAUGCCUCCUUCGACGCGAACGACAGCAGCGACGAAGUUGGUGGAGAUGAGGACCAAGAUAUGGACGACGCCGGUGAUGAAGAAGAAACCGAUAUGCGAUCUCUUUCGGCGUCGCCUAGUCCUCUCUCGUGGAGUUCAUCACGGGUCUCGAUCCAGCUGCAGCGCGUCAAGUGUAACGUCUGCAACUUCUGGUUCGACGAUGCCGAAGAGCUGGAGACACACAAAGACACGUAUGGCGCUUCGUGCUGCGAGCACGGUGUGUGUUUUCCUCAGGACGACUUGUACGACCACGCGCGAGAAUACGUCCACAAACGAUGCUUCGUCCCAGGCUGCAAUUCGGCCUUUGCAAAGCAUGACCACUCGGACGAUGAGAAGGUCGAGGACCAUAUUUAUUACACACAUGCUAGGCGGCCGUAA